GUACGGUAGACUUUACGGAAACAGUGUUCCUUCUUUUUCUGCAGCUUUUCUUGCACAGUUGCAUUAAUCACAGCUCUUCGGAAAGGUUGGCAGCAAGUUGAAGAAAUCUGGGAAGCAUGUCUACGCUCAACAGAAGGAUCGUUAACACUGCGUCGGCCCCGGCUGCCAUCGGCCCAUACAGCCAGGCGGUGAUCGUGGACAGAACCAUGUACAUCUCCGGUCAGCUGGGGAUGGACGUCGCCUCCGGGAAGCUGGUAGAUGGAGGAGUGCAGGCUCAGGCCAAACAGGCACUCAUCAAUAUUGGGGAGAUCCUUAAAGCUGCCGGCUGCCACUACAGCAACGUGGUGAAGACUACUGUGUUACUCGCAGAUAUAAAUGACUUCAACAACGUCAAUGAGGUCUACAAGACAUUUUUCAGCAGUAAUUUUCCUGCCAGAGCUGCCUACCAAGUCGCUGCUCUCCCCAGAGGUGGGCUGGUGGAAAUUGAGGCGAUCGCUGUUCUCGGUCCUCUCUCCGACUCCUGACUACCCGGCUGCAUUACUAACAAGCUGUAGCGCCACCAAUUAUUAUCAUUAUAGAUUCACUGUGGAAGCUUGAUUGUAUUUCCAGAGAACACCUGAAGAGCCACGAAUUUCACCAAAGUCUUUUUCAGUCUUUCAAGAUUUAAAUUCAGAGCAACAUUGAGUUGUUAACACUUCACAGCCUGCUCGUUAAACAGACAGUAGGGAUCCAGUAGGAGUGGACACAACAUCAAGCCUCUUGGCUUCUGGUUUGAUAACUUCACUCAUUUAAAAAAAGAAAAAUGCUGUAACACAUCAGUGUGACAUGUUUGCUUUCAUCCUGCAUCAAAUUAGAACACAGAGAAUAUGUGUAUUAGGUUUUUUUUAAGGUGAUCUUUUUAUUUUUCAACAGCUUAUUACUAAUUACGGAUUUUGGGGAAUACUAAAAAUCAUGACACAUCAGGAAAAAAAAUCUUAUAAAGGACGUGAAGCGAUGUCACUGAUGUUGUCACUGCUGAUGUGACGCUAUACCUUGUUUAUGGUAGUACCUGAACUGCCAUAAAGUUAUGUUAACGCUGUGCUUUAGAUUACAGCCAGGAGUGUGGCAGAGGAGGAAUUUUGCACUUUCAUAUAAAAUCCACUUUUGGACUAAGUAGAUCAGUUAAUGGCUGGACUAUAGAGGAGAAGUUUUUGCAGAAGUUCCUGUAAUAACCUACCAGGAAUCUGCACAGUUCAAGUCCUUUAUUUAGGUGUGGGAUAUUCAUUAAUCGCCACCACUUUGGCGCUAAGGGGCCGCACCUGACCACGUCCCACUUCCCUGCUCAAGUAUGUUACAGUGGCCUUGGCAAAUUCACACUUUGUCAGGUUGAGUGUCAGCCCUUAUUAAUCUUGAAAUCUGCAUGACACACUGGCAGACAGAAAAGACCAUUCGGUGAAAAUAUCAAUUCUGGGGAUCUGGAACAUGGAAAGUAGAAUAUCUAAACAACAUUAUUGGUGUGUUUUGCCUCAGUGUUAUUGAUAUUUAUAUGCUUAUAUUUUAAAAACUGUAAACUCUCACUGUGGAUGUAAGAGCCAAAUUGUGGAUAUUUUGCAUCCACUUUAUUGUGUAAUAUUUUAAUUGAUUGUAUUUGAUGGCUUAGGCCCCAGGAAGACUAGCAACCACUGUUGUGGAAGCUAAUGGAGUUCCUUAUAAAUAAGCAGACAGAUAAACACUAUUCUAAUCUUAUAUUACAUUCUUAGCAAAUUUACAGCAAAUGAAACAAAGCACAAAGUCACAGUUGUUUUAUUUUCAUUUUAUUUUUUAAUUUUAAUUUGUGGUUUGACGCUGUUUCUUAACGUAAAAUGUCCUGUUGUAAUUGGACAUUUUGAGAUAAGAAACAGUGCCAAGCCCCAACAACACUUCCCUCAUGGUGCUUUAUAUUGUAAGGUGAAGACCCUACAAUAAUGCACAAAAACUAAGCCCCUAGAGCAAGCACAUUGGCGACAGUGGGAAGGAAAAACUCACUUUUAAAAGAGAGAAACCUCCGGCAGAACCAGGCUCUGAGAUGGGGGUGGCCAUCUGCCUCGGCCAGUUAGUGAUGAGGGAAGGAAGUUGGGGUUUUAAAAUGUAAUUUAGGUUGCUGAAUUAAAAGAAUAUUUGACGCCAGUUUAAGAGUUUUGUAACAUAAUCACGUGCACGUUUCAGUUCAAUUUUAACGUGCACAUGAGAAAACCCUCAAGAUGACAUUUUGGCUCCUCAGCUUGGCAUGUUUUUUGAAUAUGCUGACGACCGCUUCGUCAACCACUGGGUUGCUUGACCUCAUUAACAGUAUUGGAGAAGGCCACUUUUCACGGAGAUCAUUGGAUACUUUCAGGCCGAGUUGUUCAAUGUUUUCCAUGGACAUUUUGUAGCUUUUGGACAAAAUUUUGUUCCAGAUCUUGUGGGAAAGCCUCUGUACAAUAAACUCUGAUGUUCCUGCA